AGCAAGGGUUAAGGACUGCCUAACCUCUGUAGACACUCAGAAUGUUUGCUAAGCUGAAGAAGAAGAUUCAGGAAGAGGUUGGUGAUGGAGGAGGGUUCGGGUCACCCCUGGGGGCAGGGCCAGGACUGGCCAGUCCUGUAAGACCAGAGUUAGGUUCUACUAGCCCCACCCCACAUGGAGCAGGGUCAGCAGGUGAAGUCAGCAGCUCUGAUGAACAGAGCUACACAUCUAAAGAAGACAUUCUGAAAAUGCUGAUGAAGAGAACAGAACAGUGUAAAAAACUGGAGACAAAAAUCACAGAAUAUGUUUCUAUGAUAAAGGAGAAGAACAGAAGUAUUGAGAAACUGGAAACAUCCCUUGAAAAACAGCAGGAUACUAUGUCAAAAAGGAUGCAGGAUCUUAACGAACAGUAUCAGACAAAUAGGGUGAAGCUAACGGAUGGCUUCAAGGAAACACUGGGCAAGCAAGAACAGGAAUAUCUGGAUAAGAUAGCUUCCAUUGAAGAAGAAAAAGUUGAGCUUGAAAAGAAACUGAAGAACAGAAUGUACGAGAGGGAAGAGGAAAACGAAGAGAUGCAGGGCUUAGUUACCCAGGAGACAGCCAAAGUCAAACAUAUGUUACUGAACACUCAGGAAGAGCUAUCGUCCUGUAAAACUAAGCUGACGGAGACAUCAUCACUGGUGGAGAAGUUAGAGAAAAAUAACAAAGAUCUAACAGAGAGAAACCAGAGCCUGACUUCAAAAUUGGAGCAAGUCACUAAAGAACGAGACAAGUUUAAGGAGCAAGGUGAUGCGCAGGCAGAGAUGGUGAACAGUUUGACUGCAGAGAAGCAAGUUUUGGAGAAGAAAGUGUCAGAAUUAAGCAUGGAAGUUAGCCAGAGAACUGUCAAGAUUGUCAGUUUGGAGUCCGCUAAUGCAGAUUUGGAAUCUCGAUACAUCACUCUGGAGAGGAAUGGUGACAUCAGCAGGAACAAGACGAGUAAACAGUUAGAGGAGAAAAGUGAUGAGAUUGACCGGCUGACAGAGAGAGUUAAAACGCUAGAGGAGAGACUUCAGGGCCAGGAGCUGUCUGGGGAUGACAGGCUACAGGCCAUUGAAAGAGAGCGGGACUCUGUGGAAAAGAAACUAGAAGAGACAAGGUUACAGUUGACGCAGGUCAAGUCCACGUGGAGUGAUAAAAUCACACAGUUAGAAGAGCAGGUAUCUCAUUUAAAUUCCAAAAUCGCAGAAGACAGUGAGGAAUUAGCGCAUAGUCAGCAAAGCAUGGAUGCCAUGAAAAAAAAUUUUGAAAUGCAGGUGGCAGAUGUGAAGAAAAAGCUGGAAGAUGCUGAAGCACGAGCACUGGAGAACUGGGAGCUGGCCAAUCAGAAAGAUGUACAGUACGAGAAAGAGAAAAAGUUGAUAGAGUCCGAGCUUGAGAAGGUGAGGAGUUCAUCAGAAGAAGCAGAGAAACUGUUAAAGGCCAACAUUACCUCCCUUGAGUCAGAGCUCUCCAGUUUGCAAGUGGCAAAACAGCAGGAAAUGCACAUGGCAUCUCAAAAAAUUGAUCAUGUAGAAGCUGAAAAACAAAGUGCCGUGGAGAAAAAUCUAGAUUAUGAGAAGAGAAUCCGGCGACUGGAGGAUGAGUGUACUCAGCUGAAGGAGAAACUGGUCCAUAAAGAAGGCGAGUGUAACAGUGCAAAUGAAGAGUUAGAGCAAAAGCAGGAGCGGAUAAAUGCCUUAGAAAACUCCGUCUCUGAACUGGAAAAUAAGAAGUUGGAAAACCAGAAAGAAUUGGAAAAUUUACUAAGGCAAAUGGAUAAACACCAGCUAGACCUCAGCUCCACUAGUCAAGAUAAAGAUGAUCUGAUGCUGAGGAAUGCAGAAUUAUCGCAGCAGUUGGAAACGUUACGCCGGUCGUCCACAGAAGAGCAAAGAGAAAGAGAAGAUGAAUUUCAGCAAAAAGUCAACGAGGUUAUUUCCCUUCAAAGCUCUUUGACGAAAACAGAAGCCAAGGUUGUAUUCCUUGAAGACAAGUUAAAACAAGUAGAAGAAGAGAGAAAUGAGAAAACUGUAAGCAUAUCUGAAUUGGAAUCUCUGGAGCAGACGGUAGCUGGCCUGGAGGAUCAGGUCAAUGAUAAGAACAAGACAAUAAAAAUGCAGCAGCAGAGAUUAACAGAUUUGAAGAAGACACUGCAGCGAGAGCUGAAAGUGCAAGCCCUUCCAAACGACGUCUCAAUAGAUUCUAAGGACCUGGGUGCCAGUCCGCCAGUGCAAAGGCGGAGUGUUACAAAAAGUAGUCCUGUUCCAACAUCAACAAGUCAUCCAGCCCUUUUACCCAUGCAGUCGAGUAAUUCCUUCACAUCAAAUAGUUCAGUGCAUAAGACUCUUCCAAAGUUGACUGAGUUAUCUGAUGAACAUUCAAAUUCUUUCCGAGAAUCAUUGCAGGAUGAUGUCAACUUUGAGUAUUUAAAACAUGUGGUGUUAAAGUUUAUGUUGAGUAGAGAAGCUGAGGCCUUACAGUUGAUAAAAGCUGUGUCUAUGUUACUGAGAUUCUCUAACGAGGAGCAAAAGUUGAUCAAGGAAACAUUGGAGUGGAAAAUGUCCUGGUUUGGUGUUCGACCUCCGCUGGGGUCCGGUCAAAAAGCGAAAAUCAUUCCACCAAAUUACUGACUCAUUUACCAUUUUUUCAUGUCUAAUUAUAAACGCCUACCUUUUGAACUGCCAAGUGUCACACAUGCAUUUCUCUGGACGUCAGAAGAAUACUCCACAGAUAGACGCCAUAUUCAUUUGAAUCAAAAACAUAUAUUUUCUGCCUUGGACUAAUUUCUAUCAGAAUUAUGAAUUUGUGCAAUAUUUUGGGUGAUGAAUUACAACAGAGAGAUUGCUAAAUUGUGUAUAUUUUUGUUUUUUUAUGAUAUGAGACAUACAGUCUGCAGAUGAGUUUCUCGGCUGUAUCAUAAAACUACAUGUAUUUAUUGGGAUUGCCUGUUAUUGAAGAAGGGAGACAACCGUGUAGAGCUUUGUAGUAGAACUGCUGUAAAGCCAGACACCUUAUUACAUGGAAUUUAUGCAGUCUGGCGUAACUUAAAUACCUUGAAAGUAUACACAACCAACAUUGAUUGGAUAAUUAAAUACUCUAAUUUCUCUUGUACCUACAAAAUGCAGUUGGUUGUUUGGUUUACCUCCGGACAGAGCCAGCUUUUCUCCCACCAUUAGACUUGUCGUCAUAUAAAUGACAUUUUCUUGACUACGUCAUAAGAUUUCAAUCAAAUAACAAAGAAUUAAUGUUAAUUAUUGCAGUUAGAGAGGAAUAAUAUUCUUUUCCUCUUAAUUUUCUGAUUGCAUGUCUUGAAGAGACCAUUCAUUUUAUACAGAAAAAUUACCACAUUGAUGAAAGGUAUACAGUAUGGUGAUGGAGUGUUUUUUAAGACCAUUAUAUUUUAAACUUUAUUAUUAUGAAUUCAAACUCGAAGUGGACAUUUAGCUCUGCCCAUUCAACCAUUCAGCACUGAUUCUGUGUUCCUUUAAAACUCAUCUGUGGCACAAUUUUUAAGGUUGUGAGCACGUCUAAUUGGUGAGUUACAAAUAUGUUAAUGAGAAUUGACAAUGGAAAUGGUUUGAGGGUCCAAGAAUUUUGGCAAAUCUGUGCAUAGAAUGAACGGUUUCCCUUCUACCCAGUUACAGUCAAGCCUCACCAUGAGCAAGCUCUGUCAGGAUGCUCUUUGUCACCUACAGCUUGUGUACUGCUGAAGUAGUCCAGUUUUUUGUAGUCAUGGCUUUUUUAGAAUCUGUUUUAAAAAAAGUACAUCUCCCAAAAAAGAGUCAGGAAAGGAAGUUGUGUUUUGAAACUGGAACUCUCCAGAAAAGGAGAUUGAAAAUGGUGUCAAUCUAAUGAAAUUUUAUGAAUAUCAACAUUCCCAAACGUUAGGCUGUAUGUAUUUCACGAGUACAUACAAGGAGGUACUUUGGAUAUCCAAGUGCUUCCACCUUUUCAACCACCACUGCGACCAAUAUUUUGAAACAUUCUAUGGGGUGUACAGAAAUAAUUUGCUUAGUUGUAUGAAGCCGUCAUCUUUCAUGACACAGGCAAAUCAUUAUUGGUGUCAUUUUUGUAAUAAUUGUAUGUUUGCAUUUCAUUGAAAAUAGUGCUUUAGUGGCUGAAAAGGUCGAAGAUUUACAGUAUGUCAGAAGACCCCCAUAUGCCUGGUGAGGUGUGGUGAUAUGCAGGUAAUAGUAACCAUGGGGCAGCCAGUACUGUGGCUGGUAUGUUCCCAUGGUAACGUAACACCAUGGCAAUGCUUACUUAUGCAUAAUAUAAGAGAAAUACUCACCAUUGACUAGAAGGUAAUCAAUUCUGUGUCAAAAUACUGGUACAUGUACAAGUUUUUGUCGUCUGCUUUGAGGUUAGUGUAAUUUCGUCAGAAUAAAAUACUUAUAGUGAUUCACUGUCAUUGUUUCCUUAGAGCUGAAGGGUCAUAUGUAAUGUUUGUACUGUCAGGAAUGCUAACAUUGUCCAUUCAUAUCUCUGUUUCACAUUGUUCAUGUCAUUCUAGGAUUUUUAAUGUUGUCUUUUUUUUUUUGAUUGAAAAUAAUGGUGUUUUAUUCAUAAAUGACCCAGUUAUCAGAGUUUGUUGGAGGAAUAUUUUUAGCCAUUUUCAUACAAAUCUAAUUCAUCCAGAGACAUGCACUCAAUCUAGAACAAAUAAGAUUGUAAGUAGAUAAUUUAAUUAGUAGAUUGCCCAAAUUGAGUCAUGGUAUAAAAUUUUCAAUCACAUUUACAUAGGCUUUAGUGUGACCUCUGCAGCUCAAGCGGAUGUACAAAUGAAAAAGGCUAUAAUUUUGUUAACAGCCAACAGAAAUCUGUUUUAACUGUGCAUUACAGUGGGCAGCUGAAAUGUUGUGCAGAGUGAAGAGUGUGGUCGCAAAGGAGUUGCUUUGGAAAAAAAGACAUUAUUUGCCUUAAUUUGAAGAGUUUUUUAAUUCUCUUCUCUGACAUAGAAAGCAGAUACUGUAAUUCUUGUUUGUAAAUUGUUUAUUCAAUCAUACUGUGUGUCCCCAAAUUGUCUCCAAAGGCAAGAGACAAGGGUCCAGAAAGUGCACUGAAAGUAGCUUUUUCGUGAUACGAAAAGCUUGAGGAAUUGGAUAAGUUUAUUGGUGUGUAUUUAGGGAUGUGAUAAGUCUAUAGGUUAAUUUAUCCACACAUUAAUUUAUCCACACAUUAAUUUAUCCACACUUAUUCUGGAGUGUCCAAUAUGUGAAUAUUACCAUUAAUAUUGAGUCUAGUAGAAUUGUAGAGUUAGUGUCCAGACCCUGGGAAUGCCCUACCAAGGGGGACAAAUCUUGUAAUUCAGGAAAACCCAGAUCUUUUCAUCUCAUUGUACAUAAAAAAAAGCAGCAUGACUUCCAAUGUGGCGGUUUUAAAGGAUCAUGAAAAAUACAUUUCCUAGGUUAUCCAGUUUUUUUACUUGAAAGGAUGGCAUUGGAGAAAUGUGAACAGAAAAGCUUUUUUUGAGCAUGUUGCAAAAUUAUGAGUAUUUAUUUGAUAGGUGUUCCACGACAAAUACAAGAAUUUUUCACGUUUGUGGUUGUCAGGUUUAUGGACAGAGUAAUUGAACACCUUUCACCAGGUACCUGGAUAACCGCCUGAAUUAAUGCUGAUUUGUCUCCCUUGGUAGAGGGCUGGAGAAUGGAACAUCAUAUUCACUGGUGAUUUAUCAUUUAUCAGUUGUGCAAUGGUAGUAGAUGAAUGUGUAUAUGCAUGUUACAGACACAGACUAG